AUGCCUGUAAUUGAUCGUUUAAAAAAAUUUAUUAGGGGCGACGAAAGGAAGCAACCGGUAAAAAACGUUCCAUCUUGUGUACAUUUAGAGACUGAUGUAGCAGAAUACUGGACUUUGGCUGAUGUUGUUGGCGACGGGGCUUUUGGAAACGUUUACAAGGCCAUUUUCAAAGCUGAUCCUAAUAAGAUAGCUGCAGCGAAGUCUAUGGAACUAGAGGAUGAUGAGGGCACUGACGUGAUGGUUGAAGUUGAGAUCUUGUCAAAAUGCAAACACCCGAACAUCGUUGGUCUUUAUGAGGCUUAUACACUUGGCAAUCGCAUUACUCUUCUACUCGAAUUUUGUGGAGGCGGUGCUGUAGACAGUAUCAUGAUUGAACUAUCUCGAGGUUUGACAGAAGUACAAAUUCAUUAUGUGAUGAAAGAAAUUUUAAAAGCUUUAAAAUAUCUUCAUAGCCAGAAUGUUAUACAUAGAGAUCUGAAAGCGGGAAAUGUGUUGCUCACAACCAAUGCAGAAGUCAAAUUAGCUGAUUUUGGCGUAUCUGCCUUGUGUAAGGAAGCUAAUGAAGAACGGUCAACAUUCAUUGGUACUCCUUAUUGGAUGGCUCCUGAGGUUAUGUUGUGUGAAACAUUUCCGGAAAAAAAAUAUGGCAAUGCCGCUGACAUAUGGAGUUUUGGUAUCACUCUUAUAGAAAUGGCGGAUGAAAGACCUCCAUACUCAGAAAUGAACCCUGCUAAAGUUGUGUUCAAGAUAAUAAAAGCUGAUCCUCCGACAUUAGAAAAGCCUGGCCUGUGGACUAGUAAUUUCAAGGAUGUUAUAGCUAAAUGCCUAAAUAAGGAUCGUCUCAAACGUCCCACAGCGGCUGAACUUUUGUGUCACCCGUUUUUCGAUAAAGAAGGAGAUGUACGCUCGGUUCAGCGUUUAAUUUACGAAAUGAAUGCGGAACAAGUGACUACAGAAGUAAUGGAACCAGAAUUUGAUGAGGAUGACGAUACAUCAUCAUCUAUUGACCUCCGCAGCGGUGGGGAUACGCACAAUGAAUUAAUUGAGUUACUUGGAGAAGAAAAGGGACGUACAUUUAUAAAAAGUAUAAAAGGUGAUGAAUUGGGAAUUUUGGAUGUUCCGAAGAGUGCACCAGUGGAUAUUUUGAACGAGGAACAAAAGAUGGACAGAUUAGCAGCGAGUGAGGCUGCUUUGGAGACAAAAGAGGAAGAAGAAGAGUGUGAAGAGACUGUGCUUUCGAAAGAGAAGUCAUUUGAAGAAGAGCCUAUCAAUGAAGCUGUCAAACUUAAGGAAACAAGUGAUCAUCAAGAAAAAAUUACUUCCUUGGUCACAUUAAACAAGGGCGUUAUUAAUUCCACGCAGCUUUCUGUCGUUUGUUCAGCUGAUAAAGCUACUGUACUGACUACGGAAAUUUCGUUACCUUCGCCUAGUGUUAGUAAGGCGACAGCAGAGGAAACUUUCGCAGUUGGCCCAUUAAGUCCUUAUGGCCACGCAGCAUGCGUAAAUGCUCUGAACGAUUUGGACAAUGCACUGAACAGUGAGGAGUCGUACGCACCAGUAACAGUGAAAGAAGCUGGGAUACCUGAUGAACCAAAAGGGGUCGCUCCUACUUUAUCGUUUAAUCUUGAAGACUCCUCUUCAGAUAAAGAGCAUAAUUCCAAAAAAAAGUUACUUAUUCCUAAUAGUCCUCCAACCCAUAAAAUCCGGGAUAUUGUGGGACAGGCGAAACUUGGUGGUUAUGUUUCUGAAAAAGAGGAGAAGAAACCACUAAACAUGCCUGUCUCGCUAGUUUCAUGGGACGCAUUCUUUAGAAGAAUGGCACCAACAGAACGUGUGGAACGAUCCAUCAUAUCUGACAAAAAUGCUAUUUCGCCAACUCAGUUUAUAAGAACAAAUGUAUGUCCACGUAUUUUGCACAGUUGAGC